CGUUUCGUUUUCUUCUUCUUCAUCGAUCGGAGAUCAGAAGCAACUGCGGAAACCACCACCACCCCCACCACCAUCGCCACCGGGAAUCGGAGCGAAGAGAUCCCACCGCCGAAUCGAUCGGAAUUCGACAAGAGGAAGCAGCUCGAUCGGAUCCGCCGACGCAGCCCGCGACACGCAGAGAAGAUGUCGAGCUCGGCAAUGGUGGGAGGCGCCGGCACGUGGUCGCACGCGCUGGUCAAGAUCUCGCCCUACACCUUCGCCGCCAUCGGGAUCGCCAUCGCCAUCGGCGUCUCCGUCCUCGGCGCCGCCUGGGGGAUUUAUAUAACCGGAAGCAGCUUGAUUGGUGCUGCAAUCAAGGCUCCGAGGAUCACUUCGAAGAAUCUUAUCAGCGUAAUCUUUUGUGAAGCUGUUGCUAUUUAUGGUGUCAUCGUGGCAAUUAUUCUGCAAACAAAGUUAGAAAGUGUCCCAUCGUCUCAGAUUUAUGAUCCGGAGUCUCUUAGAGCUGGAUAUGCUAUCUUUGCUUCUGGGAUUAUAGUGGGCUUUGCAAACCUUGUCUGCGGGGUUUGCGUGGGAAUAAUUGGAAGCAGCUGCGCUCUGUCAGACGCCCAGAACUCUUCACUUUUUGUCAAGAUCCUAGUGAUUGAGAUCUUUGGUAGUGCGCUCGGGUUAUUUGGGGUGAUUGUGGGAAUAAUAAUGUCAGCCCAAGCUACAUGGCCUUCAAAAACCGUGUAAAUUGUUGGUCUUGAGGAGCUCAAUUAACGAGAAUGGAGAUGUAGUUCCAUGCUUCCGCUGAACUCUGUAUUCUGAGUCUUGUUCUGGUUCAUUUGUAGAGUUGUAAACCGGUGUGUGUUGAUUCUGUUCAGUCUCUUAUUGCAUUAAUUAUGAGGGAAUAGAGUAAAGCUGGAUCACUAGUAAUUAGAGAGUUUUUACUUUACAUGUGACUAUUUGCUACUAUAAAUGGAAAGAUGGGUGCCCGUAAUGCCAUGUAUUUCUUGAGAA